AUGUCCAUCCAAGUAUUUGACGUGGUCAAGAUUGUGACGGUGUCAAGGAAUAAGAUCGUUUCAGUGACCGCUGCUGGUGAUCGUGUGUUUGUCUCCUGUAAAGAUGGAAACCUGCUUGUUUACCAACUGGAAAAUACCGAACCAAUCCACUUUUCCGAAAAGAUGACGAUUCCGCAUUUUUCUGAUUCGAAAAAAGGCGUUUACAUGAUGAAAAGCGUUUUAAAAUGGAAUCUUCUCCUCACUCUCACAGACAAGGGAAUUUCCAUUCACAAAUUAGAUAGUCUUGAUAAAAUCGGGAUCUUGCCCAACUCGAUGGGAUCGACGUUCUUUACCCUUGAUGAAAGUCGCCAUAUUAUUGUAGCAGCCAUAAAGAAAAAACUGCUAGUUUACCAGCUUCGUGACGGUCUUCAAGUCUCUCAGACACUCUUGAAAGAGAUCAUUCUUCCAGAUCCAGUCGUUUGUAUGUCCUUUUUAAACUCCCUCCUCUUCGUUGGUACAAAGAGGCAGUACUGUCUUGUGGACAUCAAUCAAGGACGAUCUGUGAAAGAUAUCUGUGACAUUAGUAAAUCGACAAACGUCCCCUUCUGCACUCCGAUCGAGCAGAAGAACUCUUUUCUGGGCUCCGAAUCCGACGCUGUAGAGAACGACACGCGCGAACAAGGCGAAAUGCUUCUAGCAAACGAUCGCAAAGGUCUGUUUUAUGACUUCGUCGGCUCUCCCGCGCGCGGCAAAGGCCAGCAUCUGGAAUGGUCCAGCGAUGCCUCCAACGGAGUGUAUCUCUGCCCCUACUUCAUCGUAGCGACGUCGAACGGCAUCGAAGUCCACAAUUCGUGGAGAUAUCAGCGCAUUCAGAUGAUUCCGUUUUCGUCGCCCCGAUCCAUGGAAAUCAGUCGCUUGCAUUCCGAGAGCGUAGCGGGUGCGAUGGAAGCGUUUUCGUGUUAUGAUGUAGUGGACGGAGUUGUGGUUUGCUCGCAGUCUUCAGUGAUUCUGCUGAAGAUGCGUCCGCUGCAAGAACAAGUGUUUUUCCUGUUUGUUUGUAACGCUCAGAUCAAUAUUCUCAUUUCCGAUGAGUACAAAAACUUCGACGACGCCUUAACGCUUUGCAAUUUGUUUCCUCGCGGCAAGGAAAUGAUCCGCGACCAAUUCAAAACCCAAAUCGCACGCCUGAAAGGCCUCUAUCUCUUCAGCGAAGGGAAAUACGACAAAGCCAUUUCGUUUCUGCAGCGCGGCCAAGUUCCCACGCGCCAAGUUUUAUCGCUCUACCCUUCGAUCAUCCCCGACGAUUUGCCCACGGAUAUGUACGCAAUGCUUCGCGUGAACGACGUGCAGAUCGCCCUAUCCGAAGCGCGUGUUCGCUUCGCGAAUGGAGGAAAACGCGGCGAUCGACGCGCUACUUCCGCUUCUCAACACGCGAAGACAGCAAUUGUUGGUAGACGGCGCUUCAUUCCAUCGUUAUUUUCAUAG